AUGUCAAGGCAGCUUGCCCUGCAAGACCUGCACUAUAACAAGUCCUGCCCUAACACAGCCUGCCAACACAAUGGGCCAACCAAGCCGAGACCAGCCCAGCAUGGCCUGUUGACAUCUCUACCCCUAGUGUUUACCUUGACCCCUGACCAUGCGGAUCAUGCCCUUCUUCACUUCAAUUCACAUGUCCUUCCUCAACUUAAACAUUCACUCUCUCUUGCUCUUCUUCACUAUCUCCCCCUCGCCGGCAAACUCACAUGGCCUCCACACGUUCACAUACCGACAAUCUCCAAUGCACCUGACGACACGGUUUCUCUCCUCGUCGCUGAGUCUAGUGCAGACUUUAACCGCCUCUCCGGCGAUUAUAUUCGUAAGUCUUCCGAGUCACGACAUUUAAUACCGGAGUUGUUAUCAUAUGACGACAGAGCAUCAUGUAUGGCUUUGCAAAUAGCCUUGUUUUCAAAUCAAGGGCUUUGUAUUGGCGUCUCCAUGCGCCAUGCUGUUUUGGACAGCAUUUCUGCAAUCGCUUUCAUGAAAUCCUGGGCUUACCUAUGCACUCGGCUAGGCAAACGACAGUACCCUUCUUUGUUGCCUGAGCUCACCCCAUUCUUCGAUCGGACUGUUAUCAAAGACCCAGUUGGACUUUGCUCGUUGUACUCGAAGAACUGGCUUGAUUUCAUGGGUAACCAGCGAAACUUGAAGGUUUUGGAAGAUUUCGGAGUGGAUCGUAAUUCAGUUCGAGCCACGUUUAAGCUGAAUGUUGAAGAUAUAAAGAAAUUCGAAGAGAAGAUAUCGUCUUCACAACCGCUUCAUUUAUCGACUUUCGUGGUGACAUGUGCGUAUGUUUUAGUCUGUCUCGUGAAAGCAAGAGAAGGAGAAAGAAAACGGGUUGCAACUGUUGCGGUGAAAAUCAGUAACAUUAUAAGAGAAAUUGAUGGGAAGGGACUGUUUGAAGGUGCAGAAGAGACUUUAGAUAAGCUGAAAAAUUGGGAAGAAGGAGAGGAAAGAAUCAGUAUGGGUGGGUCGAACAAAUUCACGUUUUGUGAAGUAGAUUAUGGGUGGGGAAGACCAAAGAAAGUAGAGAUAAUAUCUAUUGAUAGAACUGGAGCAUUUGCUCUGUCGCGUGGUGGAGAUGGAAAUAGCAUUGAAAUUGGAAUGGUUUUGAGUAAGCAUGAAAUGGAGAUUUUCAAGUCUCUAUUUGUUUCUGGUUUGCAGGAUCUUUGA